CUUAAACUUCUUGCUGUCGCCGGCCUUCUUUCGGCAUCCGUGGCGUAUUCGACUGAGUCUGAUGUGGAAAUUACCUUUUACGGGUAUCCUGACAACGAUCCUCCCAGUGCGGACAUUGCCUAUGAUUGCGGUCGUGGUUACACGGCAGGAGGCACCGGCACGUAUGACGAUCCUCUCACCUUUGCCACCGCUCCUGGGGAGUUUGAAAAGUGUGAGAUCAUCUAUCUGCCGUACCUUCGCAAGUACCUCCGCUUCGAGGAUACAUGCGCGCAGUGCACUACCGAUUAUGACAAUGGCAAGCUCCAUAUCGAUAUUUGGACUGGCUCCACUACUUCCAGUGGUGGUGAUACCCAGAUUGACUGUGAAGAUUCUUUGACGCCCGAUGAUUCUCAAACCGUCAUCAUCAACCCAGGAACCUCCUACACCGUCAACUCGGACGAGCUGUUUGCGAGCGGCAAAUGCUAUACAUCGAACACUUAUAGCAGUGCCGACGCUUCGAGCUACUGCAGU